AUUCCAAAUUUUCCCAUGCAACGGCGAUGCCGAAAGCGGCUCCGGCGCCUUUGCAAGCGGCCGGAGCGCUCGGCUCGUCCCGGGGGGCUAACGGGAGCCGGGGAGGGGGGCAAUCCCACGGGAAGCAGGCGGCAUUCCCGCGCUGCCGGGGGAAAGAGGGCCCCACGGGCCGGCGGCUUCGUGCACCAGCGCCGCCGCCGCGGGUCCUCGCUUGCAGCCCGGCCCAAAAUCCCUUUUUUUCUUUUUUUUGGGGCUGCAGCUUUCCAGGCAGAGGAGGAGGAGGAGGAAGGGGAAGGAUCAGGUGUAGCAUUAGGACCCAGCGGAGCCCCCAUGCUGGAGGUAGGAGCUUCUCGCUCAUUUGGGAGCUUUUGGGAGCAGACGGAGGAGCCCACGGCGCUGCGAAAGGACCGGACCAGCACCCAGCACCCCGAGCCGACCGAGCUCCGGCUCCCUCCCGGCCGCGUCGCCGUCACCAUGAGAGCGGCGCCUCUUUUCCUGCUCUGCCUGCCAGCAGCGCUCCUGGUCCAGGGACAGUACAGCCGGUUCGAAGGCAUCACCUACCCCGAGCCGGUGCAGUAUUCCCAGUACGACCAGCAAGCAGAAAUCCAGGAUUACUACGACUACCACGAUGUGACCCCCCGCGCCCCCGAGGAGCAGUUUCGGUACCAGUCGCAGCAGCAGUCGCAGCAGGAGGUCGUGCCGGCCCCCACCCCAGCCGCCGUCCCGGAGACCGAGCCCACGGAGCCGGGACCGCUCGACUGCCGGGAGGAGCAGUACCCCUGCACCCGGCUCUACUCGGUGCACAAGCCCUGCAAGCAGUGCCUGAACGAGAUCUGCUUCUACAGCCUCCGCCGGGUUUACGUGAUCAACAAGGAGAUCUGCGUCCGCACCGUGUGCGCCCACGAGGAGCUGCUGCGAGCCGACCUCUGCCGCGACAAGUUCUCCAAGUGCGGGGUGAUGGCCACCAGCGGGCUCUGCCAGACCGUGGUCACCUCCUGCGCCCGGAGCUGCGGCGGCUGCUGAACCCCCCCGUCCAUCCAUCCAUCCCCCCCCCCAAAAAAACCCCCCCCCCACCAUUGCUCUCCCUCCUCCUCCUCACCAUGGUGCUAAAGAAACAGUGCAUGAACCAGCAUAACGGUCCAUUUUGGGCACGUACAUAUAUUAUAGGGGGGUUUAUUGUUUUUUAACGAACGGUUGUUAUUAUAUUUGUAAGGGCGCCCGGGGGGGGGGGGGGAGGCUGAGCCGGCGCUGCCCUGGCCCGCCUCCCCCCCCCCCCCCCAGCCCCGUUUUUUAUUAUUUUUUGGGUUUUUCCUUCUUUCUAUGUAGAGUAUCCAAAAGAAAAGUGUAAGGGUU